CAGUCAGUACUAGUUACGCGCUUAGCUUUUUUCUUGAAUUCCAGGUUCUUUUUUGCUUCUUGUUUUCUUUUCCAACACAAAACUAUUUGAUGUAAGUGUGAUCACUUGAUGUAUGCUCAAUGCUGGUUCAAUGUUCUGUGUUUUUGUUCUUGUUCUUGUUAAUGGUUAAUCUUUUUUUUUCGUUUUUCACGGAGAUUUGGGCUUCAUUGUUGUUUUUCAUUGUGAUUUUGGUCCUUUUUUGGUAAUUCUCGAAAAUAUAAUAUUUGUUCUUUGAGCUUUCUGGAAUCAAGGUUAGUUUAUCUUUGGAUUUUGCUAGAUUCUGUCUGUGUUUCAUCUGCAGAUGUGGUUUGAUGCUGUUUUUUCAUUGUUUAUGUGGUCAUCAGGAGCUAAUCGUUAGAAAAAUCUCUUCUUUGUAUCUGAUGCUCUUAAUUACAAUCAUUUCUGUUUGUUCAACCGGUUCCUAAAUUGUAGCAGAACUUAGGAGAGGAUUAUGUUUGCUCAUGACUCUUCCUGUCCGUUCAAAUUAGUAGUCAUGCUAUUGCCCCUGUUGUUUCUUGUCCUUCGAUUUUCAGUACUAUCUAUUAUUUCUUGUACCUCUGCUACUCUUGUUAUUUUUCCGAAAUGAUUGUUACCUAAAAUGUUUGUUUAUGUUUCUGGAUGAGUGUGUUAAGAACUGGACUGUUUUCGAUUAAUCCAAACUGUUUCUCUGUGGCAUCAGGAUGGAUACAGAUAAUCAUGUAUUUAUAUCGUGGGAAGAGCACGUUGUUUCUCAGGGGAAGGGACGUCGUGUUGUUCACUACUACUUGAAGGAUACCUCAGGGGAGUUACUCCUUGUUGUGGUGGGUACUGAAAGAAGUACAAGGCACAUACUAUAUGUUGUCUCAGAGGAUUAUUUGGAUGCUUUUGGGCAUACAAGUACCGUAAAUUCUGACACGAAGUGGCGUACAAAAAAAGAGGUAGAGGAAUGGCUGACGUUUUUGAUUUCAAAGCAUCACCGAUCACCACCAAUUUCAGAUACCCCAAGAAGUGAAAAGAGAAGAAGUGCUUUAACGGCUGGGCACAUAUCUGAUGAGGUCUCAAAAAAUAUAACCCGAGAAGAUCCUUCAGCGCAAAGAUCUAGUGGGAGUAGAAGUGUCGAUGUGAGUAGCCAUUCUGGUAUCAGAAAGUCAAUUCCUGGUAACCAGAUAUCAAAAUCCAAACCACCAACUUACCCAAAGUUGAAAAUAAAAUUUCCAAGUGUAAGACCGAUUGGAAUUCAGCUUGUUGAGCCUCAAAAUAAGUUGUCUUUUGAAGUUGAUGACAACUUAGAGGUUCUUUGCAAUGAUAGUGGCAUGAGAGGCUGCUGGUUUAGGUGUAAGGUCUUACGGGUAUCUCAAAAACGUCUAAAAGUUCAAUAUGAUGACAUCCAGGAUGGUGAUGGUCCUGAAAAGCUCGAGGAAUGGAUUCCUUCCUACAGAGUCGCAGUCUCUGAUAAAUUGGGCAUGAGAUCUACAGGACGCCUCACAGUUAGGCCCCGACCUCUGGUGGAUUCUUCUGACUAUUCUUUUGAAGUAGGAGCUGCAGUUGACGCUUGGUGGUCUGACGGAUGGUGGGAAGGUGUUGUUGCUGGAUGUGAUGUCCAUGGAAGCGAUCAGCUUCAGGUUUACUUCCCUGGCGAGAACAUAUUACUGGAGACUGAAAGGAAGAAUGUGAGGACCUCAAGAGACUGGGUUGAUGACAAAUGGGUUGAAGUUGAGGGAAAGAAAGACAUAAAGUCAUUCAUAAACUUGAGUUCAACUUAUGUAUCCACGCGCAGUAUCAAAGAGCCUUGUGGCACCUGAAGACAACAAAAUGGCAUCAACUUCUAAACACUCAGCGGAGAUGCAAGACACUGAUGUGCUUAAACUGAAAAAGCAAUGGUGUAUUGAUUUUCUUGAAGAAAGUAUUGUCAUGCUGCAGCCUACAGGACUUGCAACACUUGACAUUGGAAUUGUAAUGUAUGGGGAUCUUAUAUCAAAUUUCAUGUAUUGUUUGAGAAUUAUUUAACCAAAGUUGUUAGCUUCAUUAUUGAUAUAACUUCAUUGGUUUGUAGAUUGUUGUUUUACUACAUUGCUAUGGUUAUUGUCACAAUCGAA